AUGCGGCCAGCUCUCCAGAGGCUUCUGUCGAGGCCAUCUUCCCUAGAACUUCUACAAUGUUUACUAGGAAAUACAGCCUGCAUCACCCCGAAUCGACAACAGCCUCUGCGUUGCCAGCAAACCAAAAAGCCUGCCAGAAAUUAUACCAAUCUGGCUCUGGCGCCUCAAGAUCUCGAAGAACUUUGCGUGAAUUAUGAUCAUGGGCAUGGGCGGAAGAUACCAAAGGAGCCUUGCGCCCGUAAUGGCCUCCAAAAUGUCAAAACGGCGGCAAUGGAUCUAUACAAGCCGUGGAGCGAAAGGUUGUGGAGUGUUGAGCAGAUGGAUUUCGAGUCAAAUCUCUGCCAGGCGUCAGAUGCACCAAGAUUGCUGGAUUCUGACCCGCAUCGGGGUGAUAUGACGCUUUGGGCCUUCCUUCUCGAUUACCGGCACAGGAAAUACGGUGCAGAUGGGGUUACAAUGUUCUGGGAUACCAUUCGCACAAAAGGGAUCCGUAUACCGAUGACAGGCGUACUGGCUGACAAGAUGUGGUCAACCUUUCUUAGUCUUGGCUAUGAAAACCCCAUGGUUUUGGAACAGAUAUGGAAAUAUGCAGACAAUAUGGACGAUAUACAUGGACAACGCUGGUCAAAGCUUUAUUGUCGCAUCAUUCAACAGUUCCUUAUCAAUGGCCAUGGCGACGCAGCUAUCCGGUGGAAUGACAAAUUAGCUUUACAUCACUCCCCAGGGCCGAAAGGAUUCGGGGAAUUGUGUCGCCAAGUUACUCUCUGGAAAGGUGACAUGAAAGCCCUCAAAAAGAUAUAUGAGAAGAACAAGCAUCGCAAGGUGUAUUCAAAAGUUGUCCCAAUUUUAUGUGCCCAAGAGGACUAUAAAGCUGCUCUUCAAUGGCACUUCUUUUUCCUCCAAAACGGCGAUCUGCCUGCUACAAGCAAACUGGUUGAGCCAUUGGUCCAUUUUCUAGCCAUUUAUGAUCGUCGGAAUGCGGUUCGGGUUACGAAGAGCCUCGUCGAAGCAGGCGUGUCAUUUGCACCCUCUCUAUCUACGAAGCUUAAUGAUAACACCAAGAUUUCGCGAGAGAUGAUGAAUUUGGUUCACGGCAAAUUUUUCAACAUAUCCCCCAAAACUUAUAACGACCACUUAGGAGCUCGAUGGUUUGCAACAAGUUGGAUCUCAUUGGAUGUUGCUAUUAACGCCGUCCACGCUCUAGGAGUCCAAGAAAUUGGACCUUUGUCGCUUCAAGCUCUUGCUCUUCGUGAGCUAGAUACCAAAGGUGUGGUCCUGCGAAUCAACCAGCUCCGAGACCUUGGAAUAUCGCUAGGUGAAUCAUUGUUCUCUAGAUCGGUGGAGACGUUCGCGAGGGCCAGGCAAUAUGAAUAUCUAGAAGGUCUACUAAAAAGUGAUCAACAUCCUGAUGAGCUGGAAGAUUCGCGUUUGCAAGAGAGCCUUCUCGCAUCAUAUGCAGCAGCAAAAGACUGGGCGCAGUAUCGAAGGACUUUGGAAAUUCAAUCAAGUCGGAGCAGAUGCCCCGCUCUCGAGAAGGAGAACAUCAUUCUGCGAUCCCAUGCUGUGACAGGUGAUAUGAGAUCCGUACUCCAGACCUUAUCACAAAUGCAUCAAAAUGGCACAACCGUCAAGACAAAGUCCAUCGCUAGCAUUCUGAUGGGCAUCUUGCGACCACGAAACCGUGGUCGGCGGCCAACACUUGGCCAGACCAAGGGAUCUGAUUUAGGGUCAGCCAUCAUGAUCCUAAAGCAAAUUGCGACAUCUGGUAAUUAUGUUCCGGUGACGGCCUGGGGGGAGAUUCUUCGCAGACUCGGCAUGCUCGGCCAAUUGCGAGAACUAGAGAAUCUUUGCGUAUUUCUUGCAUCGUGGUAUGGGCCAUCCAAUGCUACUAGGACCAUUCGACAGCAAUCUCGCCGUUAUCGGGUCCCUACCCAGGUUCCGCCAUCUCAUCCGCUCCACCCUCUAAAGAUGCUUUUCUCAGGGGCAUUCCAAAAAGCCGUCAUCGAUUGGGGGUUUAUUCAUUCUCUGAAAAGAAAGCCUCAGCACUCUUUUACAGUAAUACCUUCCCCCGAUAUUAUUUGUCAUGAUCAACCUCCGAUCCCCAAUGUGACCUUUGGGAUUACGUUGUUGAGACGGUUGCAUGAUCAUGGAGUUCACGUCGAGCUCGGGGCUGUCAAAAAAGCAAUAUCCCUCCGCCUAGUCACCUACUAUGGCCCAGAUCGAUCUAAGAAGCGGUAUAACCAGCAAGCUAUUGAUUCUCUUGGGCUACGUGGUGGAAUCGAUCGUGAUCAAAGUCUGGGGCGAAUGGCGGCACAGAUUGACGAGGCAUUGGGUGCGCGAGUGUUCACAGGCGCAGAUCUUCCUGAGCUGAUUGCUUCUCGUGCAAAGGUUACACAACGCAGGCUACGUCGCCGAAAUCAAAGGCAGAUAGCAAGGGGCACAUUAGGAAGCCUUCCUAGCCCAACAAGCCCAAUGCCACCAGUUAGCUAUCGUAAUUGA